CUGCUCCCUCCCUCCGCUCUUUCUGCUUCUCUCUCCCCUCAUUCUCGCUUUCCGUCUCACCCACCCCGAUCUCCGUUUCUCUUCCCCUCUUCCUCCGUCACGCGCGCACACACUCUUUCCCUUCUCCUUGUUUUUCUGUCAUUUGACUUUGCAUCUCAAGGCGGCCACCGGCUUCUCUAUGAAUCCCGUGUGUUGAUCUGUCACCCUCCCUCCACCCCCGUCCCCUCCCAGCUCCACUCCUGUACCUGGAGCAAGGCAGGAGCGGCAGCCGAGCAGCAUGUCCCGAAGGAAACAGAGCAAACCCAGGCAGAUCAAACGGCCCCUUGAAGAUGCCACUGAGGAUGAAGAAGAAGAGUGCCUGUCUGAGGAAAAUGAUACUAUCUCAAAAGAAGACUUUCCAUUGGAGGAAAGCUUUUCUGCAGAGUUUGAGCCUGAAAAUCUGAGCUGUGAAGAAGUGGAAUACUUUUGUAAUAAAGGCAAUGAAGAAGGCAUCCAGGAGGCAGCAGAAUCUGAUGGUGAUGCAAGGUCAGAGAAACCAGGGCAGCUUGCUGUGGAGACUGAAGAUUGGGAUGGGCCAGGAGAGUUGGAGGUGGUCCAGAAAGACGGGGAGCGCAAGAUUCAGAGCCGGCAGCAGCUUCCGGUUGGAACAACAUGGGGGCCUUUCACUGGGAAGAUGGAUCUGAAUAAUAACACCUUGAAGACAAAGGCUUCAGUCCCUAUGGUACUGACUGCUGGCCCCAAGUGGCUGCUGGAUGUGACUUGGCAAGGAGUAGAAGACAACAAAAACAACUGCAUUGUGUACAGCAAAGGAGGGCAGCUUUGGUGCACUACGACCAAGGCCAUCUCAGAGGGUGAAGAGCUGGUUGCCUUUGUUGUGGAUUUUGACUCAAGGCUGCAAGCUGCCAGUCAGAUGACUCUCACAGAAGGCAUGUACCCCGCCCGCCUGCUGGACUCCAUACAGCUGCUCCCGCAGCAAGCUGCAAUGGCAUCUAUUUUGCCUACAGCUAUUGUGAACAAGGACAUAUUCCCUUGCAAAUCCUGUGGCAUUUGGUACCGAAGUGAGCGGAACCUGCAGGCCCAUCUCAUGUAUUACUGCAGUGGGAGGCAAAGAGAGGGGCCACAGCUGUCAGAGGAGAGUGAGGACAGUGCUCAGCAGAUAUCCAGUGUCUGCCCCUUUCCACAGUGUACCAAAAGCUUUUCAAACGCAAGAGCUCUGGAAAUGCACCUAAAUUCUCACAGUGGAGUGAAAAUGGAAGAAUUUCUCCCACCCGGUGCUAGUCUGAAAUGCACAGUUUGUACUUACACCGCAGACUCAGUGAUUAACUUUCAUCAGCACCUGUUCUCGCAUCUUACUCAAGCUGCCUUUAGAUGCAAUCACUGCCAUUUUGGCUUCCAAACUCAGAGGGAGCUACUGCAGCACCAAGAGUUACAUGUCUCUGGCAACAAAAUUCAGAGAGAAAGUGACAUUGAACACUCUCCAAGUGGAAAUGAAGAAGGUUUGCAGCCAACAACGGACCUGUUGAGCAGAAAUGAUGUUCCCCAGAGCCAAAAGACCAUGCAGACUAAAGAUGCAAGUUCUGAUACAGAGCUUGAUAAAUGUGAAAAAAAGGCUCCACUUUUCCUUCCAAACCAGAGGCCAGAAACCCAGCCUGCCGCAAAUAAGCAGAGUUUUUCAUAUACCAAAAUAAAAUCUGAACCAUCCAGUCCAAGGCUUGCUUCAUCGCCAGUUCAGCCUAGUAUUGGUCCUUCUUUCCCAAUGGGACCUUUUCUUUCCCAGUUUGCUUUUCCCCAAGAUAUCACUGUGGUUCCUCAGGCUUCAGAGAUAUUAGCCAAAAUGUCAGAACUGGUCCAUCGAAGGCUGAGGCAUGGAAGUAGCAAUUAUCCGCCUGUAAUUUACAGUCCUUUGAUGCCUAAAGGGGCUACAUGUUUUGAAUGCAACAUAACAUUCAAUAAUUUGGACAACUAUUUGGUACACAAAAAGCAUUACUGCAGCAGCCGAUGGCAGCAGAUGGCAAAGUCACCAGAUUUUUCCAGUGUUCCAGAAAAAAUUCCUGAAGCUGUAAGUCCCAGUAAUGGUCAGAGCUCUAUAAACAUCCUGAAUCCAGCUCCUCACACAUCAGAUCCAGAAAAUCAACUUCUGCAGACAUCUUGCUUAAACUCUUCCAAUGUUUUAGAUUUGAUUGGGCCAAACAAUAAAAGUCAUGAAAAAGACUUUACUGCACAGCCUAAGAAGCUGUCAGCUGCAAGCAACGGUGAUGAGAAGAUAAAUGGAAAACCUUCUGAUGUGAAGAAUCCCAACACUCCCUUAGUAGAGGGGGAGAGUGACCCUAACAAGACCACAUGUGAAGCUUGUAAUAUUACUUUCAGCAGACAUGAGACCUACAUGGUCCACAAGCAGUAUUACUGUGCCACUCGCCACGAUCCCCCGCUGAAGAGGUCCGCUUCCAACAAAGUGCCUGCCAUGCAGAGAACAAUGCGUACUCGGAAGCGAAGGAAGAUGUAUGAGAUGUGCUUACCAGAGCAAGAGCAGAGGCCUCCACUAGUUCAACAGCGAUUUCUAGAAGUUGCUAAUCUUGGCAAUCCUUGUACAUCAACUCAAGAGUCAACAGAGGGCCUUGCAGAAUGUUACCACCCACGAUGUGAUAUCUUUCCGGGAAUAGUCUCGAAGCAUCUGGAAACGUCACUGUCUAUUAACAAGUGUGUUCCUGUUUCAAAGUGUGAUACUGCCCACUCCACCGUGUCUUGCUUGGAGAUGGAUGUGCCAAUAGAUCUCAGUAAAAAAUGCUUACCCCCAUCAGAGAGGACAUCCGCUUCUCCCAAAAGGCUGCUGGAUUACCAUGAGUGCACCGUAUGCAAGAUCAGUUUUAACAAGGUAGAGAACUACCUGGCUCACAAGCAGAAUUUUUGUCCUGUCACUGCUCAUCAGCGUAGUGACCUGGGACAACUUGACAGUAAGGUGUUUCAAAACCCAGAAAGUGAAAGAAACAGCCCAGAUGUCAGUUAUGAGAGAAGCAUAAUCAAAUGUGAGAAAAACGGAAACUCAAAACAGUCCUCUCCUAAUGGAAACUUAUUUUCCACACACUUAGCAACACUUCAAGGACUGAAAGUCUUUAGUGAAGCUGCCCAGCUUAUUGCUACAAAAGAAGAAAACAAACAUUUAUUUCUUCCACAAUGCCUUUACCCUGGAGCAAUAAAGAAAGCUAAAGGAGCAGAUCAGCUUUCUCCAUAUUAUGGAAUAAAGCCAAGUGAUUACAUUUCUGGUUCUCUCGUCAUUCAUAAUACUGAUUUAGAUCAAAGCACAAAUACGGAAAGUGAAUCUCCUAAAGGCCAGGCGCCUUCGAAUGGAUGUGCUGUGCAGAAGAAAGAAUCUCUUCCACUACUGCCGAAAAACCGAGGCAUGGUAAUAGUUAAUGGGGGACUAAAACAGGAGGAAAGGCCUGCUGCUAACCCACAGCAAGAGAACAUUUCCCAGAACCCUCCACAUGAAGAUGGGCACAAGUCUCCUUCUUGGAUCUCUGAGAAUCCCUUAGCUACAAAUGAAAAUGUCUCUCCAGCAAUUCCUACAGCAGAGGAACAGUUGUCUAGUAUAGCUAAAGGUGUGAAUGGCUCUACCCAGGCUCCAACCAGUGGAAAGUAUUGCCGACUGUGUGACAUCCAGUUCAACAAUCUCUCAAACUUUAUAACUCAUAAGAAGUUUUAUUGCUCUUCACAUGCAGCAGAACAUGUUAAAUGAAAUAAUCGGUCACCUUUGGUACAUGUGUUUAGCAUAUUGUUCCAUACAGUUUAAAGAAAGCUGUUUGAAUUACAUCUGGACAAUCAGGAGAUUUCACUAUUGCUGAGUUGAAGACUUAAAGGUGUAAUUUCAUUACAGUCCAUUAGUAAAGUGUAUUAUUGGUGCCAUUUUCAAAAAUAUUAAUUUAUUUUACCAGCAGUAUUCAUAGCUGUAGUUAUGUUAUUUUUUAUUUAAAAACUUUAUAUUAAAGUCAUUUGUAAUGUUAUUGUAUAGUUAUUGUGUAGCACAUAUGGUUUGCACUGUAUAGUAGAUUUUAAAGAAAAUAGUCGCAAACAAUACAGAAAAGCAUUUUAGAAAUAGCUUCAAAAGCACUUGUGUAUCCUGAUUUUUUUUCUUAUAUGCUGUUGCAGAUAUAUGUAUAUGCUAAAAUAUAACUUGCAAAGAAGUUUCAACUAUGCUGUAAAGUUCGCCUUAAAAUUUCAAUUCUUUUGAACAAUUGGGCUCAGUUUGCACUUUAUAUUUUAGCACAUACAGUACCUUAGUCAUUAGGCUUUGCAUUUGUAUGUAGCAGUAUGUUUCUGUCCACUUUCUUAAUCUGAAACGUACGUUAAAUGAAGAUGGCAUUUUCUUUCUUGUAUAGUACUUGUAUUUUCUUUCGCUGAUGCAUCUCUGUCUCAAUUUUUAAACCUUUGCUGUUAAAUGCAAUACUUUAUAAAGAAUGAACAAAAUUACUGGAAGCAGUAUUGUAAGAAAUGAGGUCAUAUCAAUCAGUUUUAUCUUUUGAAAGGCACAGUCUAAAACAAAACCCUAAACUCAAUGCUGCAAUUAUGAAUCUAAUUCAUAUAUAAGAUAUAUUUAAAUAUAAGAGUAGCAAUACUGCA